AUGCGCGUCGCGGCGGCUCCGAUGUUCGCGCUCCUCUUCCCCCGGGCCGGCACGGCCUUCCGCGCCCUCGGUCGCGCGCAGCCGCGCCUCCGGGCGUUGGCGUCGUCGGCCGCCAUGCCGCCGGUCACCCUCCUGUCGGGCUUCCUCGGCGCGGGCAAGACGCAGCGCAAGACGUCCAUGCUCACGGGCAUUUUGGACAACCGCGACGAUCUGCGCGUCGCCGUCGUCGUCAACGACGUCGCCUCCGUCAACGUCGACGGCGCCGUGAUCCGCAAGGAGCUCGUCGGCGUCGACGAGACCGAGGUCGAGCUCUUGGAGCUCCAGAACGGCUGCGUCUGCUGCGGCGCGUCGGCGCUGGAGCUCGCCGGGAACGUCAAGGACCUGGUCCAGGUCGGCGCGGACCGCGGCAAGCCCUUCGACCACGUCGUCAUCGAGAUGUCCGGCGUCGCGGACCCGAGGGCCGUCCAGUACAAUCUGGAGGACGGCGGC